UCGCUUUUCACCGCCAUCACUUCUCUUUGCACUGCUUCUCUCUCUCGUGCUCUUCUCUCUGGCCCUUCUUUUCUUGAGAACUUCAUUGAUCUUCUUUUCCUCCUCUGACUCAGAAGUCGGAGUCUUGGUAAAUUUCUCGGAACCCUCCACCCACCGCAUCUUGACCACUCGUUGUGACUCUUACCUUGGCCCGAACCUCGACGCUCACGGUCACUUUCCCCACAAAAUCCCCGUCAUCUUGACUUCUUACUGCGCCUCACACACUAUUAAGACAGACGUCUCCCUCAACACACAAAUAGAACUGAAUCGUCUCUGUAAUCCGUCACACUUGACUCUCGUCGAAACCACCAGCAAAACCCGCAACCAUGCAGUCCGGCGGCCCAUCACCCUUGCCUUCAUUCCCGGCAUCCCGGGAUGGCACUCCCAGUGGCAAUGACACAACCAUCAACGGUGUCACAAAUGGUCACACCGACGUCACGGCCAACGGCACAACCAAUGGCACCACCAACGGCACCAAGACCAAUGGCACCAAUGGCCUCACGAACGGCGCACAGAAGAGGACCAAGAUCUGUGUCUACUGCGGCGCCUCUCCCGGUUUCAAGCCCCAGCACAUGGAAGCCGCUCGCGGGUUAGCCCGGAUCAUGGCAGAGAACAACAUUGACCUCGUUUACGGCGGUGGCACUGUCGGCCUGAUGGGCGAGGUGGCAAAGUCCCUUGUCGCCCUCGCCGGCCCGGACUCGGUCCACGGCAUCAUUCCCGAGGCCCUCGUCAAGUACGAGCGCGACGGCACCUACGGCACCGUCAACAAGGACAACAUGUACGUUCCUGACGAGACCGUCUACGGCCGCACCACGGUCGUCAAGGACAUGCAUACGCGCAAGCAGAUGAUGGCCAAGGAGGUAUUUGCCGGCGGGCCCGGCAGCGGCUUCAUCGCCCUGCCUGGCGGCUACGGCACCAUCGAGGAGGUCCUCGAGACGGCCACCUGGAACCAGCUCGGCAUCCACGACAAGGGCAUCUGCCUCCUGAACAUCAACGGUUUCUACGACGGCAUUCUCGAGUGGGUCGGCAAGAGCGUCGACGAGGGCUUUAUCAAGGCCGCCAACGCCGACAUCCUCGUCACCGCCACCACCCCCGAGGGCGCCAUCAACGCCCUCCGCGACUACAAGGUCUCCGAGGCCACCUUCAAGCUCGACUGGAACAACUCGUAAGUGUUGGGCAACCCUCACCAGCAAGCAAACCCUUGUCGUUU